AGGAAAUACUUUGAGUUCAGAGAAAUUGAAACUGAUUUCGGGCUGUUGUGUGUUUAGUUUUGUUGUUUGUAAGUAAAUACGGUGAAAUGGCAGAAGCCAGUAUUUCAGUGGUUCAGGAUCAGUUCAUCUGUUCAAUCUGUCUGGAUCUACUGAAUGAUCCAGUGACCAUUCCCUGUGGACACAGUUACUGUAUGAACUGUAUUACAGACUACUGGGAUCAAGAUGAUCAGAAGAUUGACUACAGCUGCCCUCAGUGCAGACAAACCUUCACUACAAGACCUGAUUUAAAUAAAAAUGUGAUGUUUGCUCAGAUGGUGGAGAUACUGAAGAAGAAAAAACUCCAGGAAGGUCGACCUUCUCCAAGUUAUGCUGAAGCUGGAGAUGUGAAGUGUGACGUCUGUACUGAGAGAAAACACAAAGCUGUCAAGUCCUGUCUGGUGUGUCUGAACUCUUACUGUCAAAAUCAUCUUGAACAACAUGAGAAUUUAUUCAAAGGCAAGAGACACAACCUGAUAGACGCCACUGGACGACUUCAGCAGAUGAUCUGCCCUCAACAUGAGAAACUUUUAGAGAUUUACUGUAAAACUGAUCAGCUCUGUAUAUGUUAUCUGUGUAUGGUGGAUGAACACAAUGAACAUAAGACUGUAUCAGCUGCAGCAGAGAGGACUGAGAAACAGAAAGAACUGAAGGAGACGCAGAGAAAAUAUCAUCAGAGAAUCCAGGAGAGUCAGAAGAAGCUUCAGGAGCUGAGAGAUGCUGUGGAGACUCAUAAGCGCUCUGCACAGACUGCAGUGGACGACACUGAGAGGAUCUUUACUCAACUGAUCCAAACCAUUGAGAGAAGACGAUCUGAGAUGACACAGCUGAUCAGAGAUCAGGAAAAGACUGCAGUGAGUGAAGCUGAAGGACUCUUGAAGCGACUGGAGCAGGAGAUUGAUGAUCUGAGGAGGAGAGACGCUGAGCUGGAGCAGCUUUCACACACAGAUGAUCACAUCCAUUUCCUCCAGAGUUUUCAGUCUCUCUCUGUUCCUCCUGGAUCUACAGACUCACUCAGCAUCACUGUCAGCUCUCUCAUCUCUUUUGAUAAUGUAGGAAAAUCUGUGUCUCAUCUGAGAGAGAAACUGGAGGAUUUCUGUAGAGAAGAGAUAGAGAAGAUAUUUGAUAAAGUUAUUCCUGAACCUGAGACCAGGGAGCAGUUCCUAAAAUAUUAUCAUCACUUCACUGCAGAUCCAAACACAGCAAAUAAAUAUCUCUGUCUGUCUGAGGGGAACAGAGUGAUUACUAACACUGACACAGUCCAGCUGUAUCCUCAUCAUCCAGACAGAUUUAAUGGUUAUCCUCAGGUGUUGUGUAGUGAGAGUGUGAGUGGACGCUGUUACUGGGAGGUUGAAUGGAGUGGUCAAGUGUUUAUAUCAGUGUCAUAUAAGAGCAUCAGCAGGAAGGGAGAGGGUCAUGAGUGUGUGUUUGGACGUAAUGAUCAGUCCUGGAGUUUGUGCUGCUCUGACUCCAGUUGUUCAUUCAGGCACAAUAACAUUGAGACUAAACUCCCUGUAGUGUUCAGAUCUUCUAGAAUAGGAGUUUAUGUGGAUCACAGUGCAGGAUCUCUGUCCUUCUACAGCGUCUCUGACACAAUGACCCUCAUCCACAGAGUCAACACCACAUUCACGAAACCUCUCUAUCUUGGGUUUUAUGUUUGGAGAUCAAUAAAACUGUGUGAUAUAACAAUAUAGAUGAUACAGAGAGUCUUUAAAUGAUUUUGUCAUAUUGGAAGUCUGAACAUGAUAAAUCAACAACAAAGAAAUAAUAAAUCCUUUAUUUAGUAACAAGGCUUUGAACCGGUUCACGGAACAAAAACGAAAACCAGAAACUUUUGAUGUUUUGCAUGGAACAGAAACGAAACCAGAAACUUUCAAAAAAUAUAUGUUCCAGAACAGAAACGUUUAUUGAAAAUAAUGGUGUAGUACAGCUGGUAUAUAAUAAACUUUAAGUUUAUUUAUGAAAAGACACUGUAAAACAAUUAAACCUUAUGUGGUGUUGUUAACCCAAAUUUGACCCUCAGGUUGAACUGGUUACAGACAUGAAACUCUUUGUGCUCCUAAUCUCUUCAUCACAAAGGCUUUUGCACUGUCAGCAUUAAGGCUCACAUCACUGGGUAUCUGCUGAAAUAUAUUUGAUAUUAUGUAUAUAUGUUGUUCUGAGAUUGCAAUUUUAUAUUCAUGUUUGGUUUCAUUUUAAAGGUCAUGGUGCGAUGAGUAAAAAGGUCUCAUUUCUAUAAGUCUAAGAUAAGAUGGAUCAAGGUUUUAGAACUUAGGAUAUAAGAUGCAUUUCUUGUAGAGGUGGGGUUUUGCCAGAUACUUCUGGCUAGUUUGACCAGGUGCUCUUUAGUAUCACUUGGCACAGGUCAAACUGGAUUUUGACCAGGUGUUCUUUAGUAUCACUUGGUACAGGUCAAACUAGAUUUUGGUAGUUUUCUCAAGCUGUGUAUAAAAGGUGGCCUGGCAAAAUGUUUUGGGAGGCAUCCUGUAACCAGGAGCUCCCACACUCUGUGUGUAUUCAAACCUUAUGGAGCCAUUCUGUACCCAGAAGCUCCCACACUCUGUGUGUAUUCAAACAUCAUGGAAGAAACCUUUAACAAGAAUCUUCCUACACCAUUUUGGGGGUAUUAUAUUCAUGAUAGAAGUACUCUGUAGCCA